CACGGAGCAGCGCCCAGGAAACAUUCUUUUGACCAAUCUGAUUUAAAAUAAGAGAAAGUCUGUCUGCGAACUGCGAUUCCCAACCUUGUUCGCCUUCGCCCCGUUUCGCAGCCGCUGCGGCCGCCGCAAGACGCUUGCAGGCGUCGUCGUUAGGGAGUCGCCGUUAGGGAUGCCGAAACGCUCGACGAAGGCAUCCGCUGAUUCUGCCACCGAUCCAUCGGGGGAGGUCGAUGCCCUCUCGGCCGGCGACGGCGAUGAGUCCUUCCUUGAAGACCAGAGAGAGUGCGACGAAGCGGGCGAGGAGGUGGUGGAAGAGGAACGAGUGCAAGAGAUCGAGGUAGAUGAGGUGGAAGGAAAAGGAGGCGGCGGUGGCUCCGAUUUGCCUGGCCACCACGACGAUGAUACAAGCAAAACGCAUGAAGGCUGUUGCAAGGAACCAAUGUUGCUUUCUUCCAAUUCCGAGAAAUCUUCUGUAAAUUCAAUCAAUUCUCAGACUGAGUAUCUUAGGGGUGACAACCUUGGCAAUGACUCUCCAUCUAAGUUACAUAUCAAAAAGAUUUCUGAAAACAAUAAUGGAGAUCUCAGUCAGCCUACUUCACAAAGAAGACCAAGGAGCUCCUCUCCUUGUGUCCAGAAUGAGCAUGCAAGUAAAAAUCCUGCAAUUAUAUGCGACUUUUUUGCUAGAGGCUGGUGCAUCAAGGGAAGCUCUUGUAGAUUUCUUCACAAGAAAGAGGUGGUUGGCUAUGUUAGUCAGGAGAUACAGGAAGAUAAGGGUACCACUGAAGAUUCCAUUUAUUGCAAAGGGAAUUCAACAAAAUCAGAUUUUCUUUUGCAAAGAUCCCUUGUGCGCACAUAUGGUGGGGAGGUGCAUGGAUUUUCCCAGUUCACAUCUAAGAAUAGUGAGCAUUUUCCAGUGGAUGGAGUAAGACAGACAAUCUUACUAGGAAAAUGCCCAGUAACAGAUGUGCCAGUUCAUCAUGAUUGUAGUAACAAUUUUCCAGAUAGACGCUCAGCCAGUGUUGAAAUUUCAUCUCGUCAUUUGUCAGGGAUGAUGUACAAUGAAAUGCCUAGUGGAAUGCAUAGAUAUGAUGCAUCAUUCUCGAGAGAAUCUUUGAUUAAGAAUCCAUUGGCGUCAGAAUCUAAUUAUGUUGUGGGUGGAUCCUCUAUGCCACUUAAUGUUCAUAAUGAUAGCUGUGACAUCUAUUCUAUUAGAAAAAAGCCAGAUGACCUUGCUAGAGAAUAUCAGCAGAGCCAUUUCAUGCUUCAUGAUUCUUACACUUCUGGCUUAAGUGGGGAUUCUCUGUCAUUUUCUGGUCUGCCACAAAAGCUUGAAGAGAAUACUUGGGAAACCUCUGUACCUUUCCGACCCUCAGUUUCCCUUGCACCUUUUAUUAAAUCCUAUUGUGAUAGCCAAUAUGAUCCCUUUAUCGACAGUAUUGACCAUUCAAAACAAGUUUCACCUUCUGCUUCUCCAAAAGGUACUCUUGGAAGUUCACAAAGUCAGCAUCCAGUUGGUGCUCCUAUAGCUGGAGAUUCUAAAUCAGUAUACGAUGCCACCAGAUCUGUGAAUUCUUUUACCUCAGCUACUGUAGGAAUUCUUGGUACGAGCAAACCAAUGCACGAAUGUUCCAUCAACACUACUGCUAUCUCACCUGGCCUUACUACAAAUGCUGAAGAGAAAGGACAGAUCCCUGAUUUAGCUAUUCAUCCACGUGUUGAUAAGUCAGAACUUGGGGAUAAUAGCAGCAUAGAAAAGGUAAAAAGUGCUAGGGAAUCAAAGGAAAUGAAGAUUUUCCAUGCUGCUUUGGUAGAUUAUUUGAAGAAAUUGCUAAAACCAUCAUGGAAGGAAGGUCGCUUGAAUAAGGAUACUCAUAAGCUAAUAGCUAAGAAGGCAGCUGAGAAAGUCUUGGGUGCACUACAACCACAUCAAGUCCCUAAUGGCCCAGAUGCAAUAGACCAAUAUCUAUUAUCUUCCAGGCCAAAACUUUUAAAACUAGUGGAGGCUUAUGUGGAUAAGUAUGGUAGGUCCUGAGCAUUCCAUCUUUGGAUGAGUUUAGUUAGCUACAGUAACAACUCUGCUCAAUGUUGUGAUCUAAUCUUUUCAUGAGCAUACUAAACCUAUCCAAGCUCUGGUAUUUAUGUGGUAAGCAUGCAAGCCAUUCCCUGCUUUUGGAUUCAUGUUUUUUUUUUCUGGACUAUGGAAAUUGCAGGUGUAUCUUGUAAUUCUCAACACCAUAGAGACAUCAAUUUUCCAAGUUACAAUGAGAUGAAGUUGCUAUGUAUUCUCGGAAUCGUAAAUGAGCUAUGAGAUGAUGAACAAGCAGGGUUAUUUUGUGAAAUGGAAAGACAUAAUGAAGCAAGUCAGUUUGUGCCA